AUGUUCCUUCCUAUCUAUCUAUCUAUCUAUCUAUCUAUCUCUGCUCAGAUGUAUGCAUGUAUGUAUCUAUCGAUCUAUCUCAGUCUGCUAAGAUCUAUCUAUAGAAUUAUGUUCAUUCCUAUCAAUCUAUUGAUCGAUCGGUCGGUCGAUCGAUCGAUCUCAUUCUCAUUCUUCCUAUCUAACUAUUUCUGUUCCUGCCCAUCUAUCUAUCUAUCUAUCUAUCUAUCUAUCUAUCUAUCUAUGUCUGCUCAGAUGUAUGUAUAUCUAUCUAUCUAUCUAUCUAUCUAUCUAUCUAUCUAUCUAUCUAUCUAUCUAAGGCUACUUAAUUAUUUCCCACUUUCUCACUCUCUUUCUUACUCCCUCCUUUUCUUUCUUUCUCUGUGUGUCUCUAUUUCUCUUUCAUUCUUUCUCUCCCUCUCUCUCUCUCUCUCUCUAUCUAUCUAUCUAUCUAUCUAUCUAUCUUUUUCUUCGCGUCUUGAAGUGGUCGCAAACUCACAAUCGACCCCACUUCGAAUAUGUAUAGAUCAUCAAGUUAUGGAUCAUGGUCUAUGCUUACCGUUCCCGUCGCUGAACGAUAUCAAGUGGCUGAAAGUGUGGACGAUUGUGAUCUUGUUCAAAUCAGACAGCAAUCACCAUCUUACCUCCCAGUCAAUGAUGGAUACUAAAAGGGGUUUUACAACUAUUUCAUUCUCUCCAUCAUUUCCUUCUCCCCUCUCUUUCUGUCUUUCGCUCAUUCUCUCUCUCUCUCUCUCUCUCUCUCUCUCUCUCUCUGUGUGUGCGUGUGUUUUGACUCGAAAGCCUAAACCAACGAAAACCGCCUAUUAUUUCCUUUGGUGCCUCAGUGAAGUUUAUACUUUUUCGUCAGGCGAGAACGGAUUAACCUGA